GUGUGUCUUGAGUUGGUGAGUGGUGUCAAUUCAGACGUUGUUCUCGUUACGACACAAGUGCAAGAAAUCUGUAAAUUCUACAACUGACGCCAUUAUGACUGACAGGAAGGCUGUGAUUAAGAAUGCAGACAUGUCUGAGGACAUGCAGCAGGAUGCAGUGGAUUGUGCAACGCAGGCCAUGGAGAAGUAUAACAUCGAGAAAGACAUCGCCGCCUACAUUAAAAAGGAAUUUGACAAGAAGUACAACCCCACGUGGCACUGCAUUGUGGGUCGGAACUUUGGCAGCUACGUAACGCAUGAGACAAAGCAUUUCAUCUACUUCUACCUUGGGCAGGUGGCCAUACUACUUUUCAAAUCGGGAUGAAUAUCUUUCACUUCCCUCACCUUUACAGAGGCUCAAUUUCACCUGCAAGCCUGGACUGUGAUGCACCGAUGGCACACACACACACACACACACACACACACACACACACACUUUUACUCGUUCUCCCAAUUAUCAUGACAUGAAAAAGGUAGCUAGAACAGGCUGUGCAUAACUGCAUGGGCCAUGUACAGUAUUUAAUUUGUAAAUGUUCCAAACAAAAAAAGAAAAAGCUAUUGCUAUUGCAUUUUCUGUAGUUCCUGAAAGAGUAUGAAGCUACAGGAAGAGAUUUUGCCUUUUUGUUCAGUAUACAUUUCUUUUGCACUUAAGUUGUACAGUAUGCUUUGAUUGUUGCCUUGAAGUUAUAAAUAAAGAAUGAUGCAUAAAUUAAGAUGGUUUUGGUCUUAUGCAUCAUAGCCUUCCUAAGAACAUGAAAUAAAGCUAAUGAGUUUCAGCUUCUGCAAACAGUACAGCUCUUUUUAGCUCUAUAUUUGAAAUUGAAAAGUUGUACCUCUUGGCAAUCUGUGAUGUUUUGUUAAUGGUUCAUGAAAGAUCAGCUUUGUUAUUAUUACAUUUUCAUAGCCUUUCUUUGCCCUUCAAAUUAAAAAUGUG